AUUCCUGCAUACUCAUUUUAUUGUUACUGUGGUCUCUCUCUCUCUCUCUCUCUCUUUCUUUCUUUCUCUCUCUCUGGGUUGCUAAGGCUUAAAAGCUAAAAGGGUACAGUUGUUCUAUGUUGCUGAUCUUUAUAUUUGUGGCUUGAGAAUGAUGAUUCAAUAGUGGUGCAUCUACUAAUCGUCUUGAUCGCUGUGUUUUGAAUGGACCCGUGUGAAUUUCUAGGCUUUAUCAGCUUCUGCUCUUUUUAUUUGCUCAUUAUCUUUUGACCCAUUAACUCAAAGUGGAGACGAUGGCAGUGUUUCAUUCUUGAGUAGUUUUUUUUUGUGGGUUUUUAAUUUGAUUUCAGUCGGUGUUUUGCCGUUUUUGAUUGCUUGAGAGAAGUUGGGGAGGAAGGGCAGGUGGUGGUGUUAAAUGGGAUCUUGUUACUCGUCUAUGGGGAAGAGGGGGAUGGAUGAGAAUGGUGCAGUGGAGCAAACUACUGCUGCUUCAGGAGCUUCUCCUAAGAGGCACAGGUGGAAGAAGAAAUCAGUUGGAGAUGAUGGUGGUGAUGAAAGUGUGCUCAAUCAAAUUCCUGGCAGGAUGUGCAUGAAUGGUGCAUCCAAGAUUGCCUGCUUGUACACUCAACAGGGCAAGAAAGGCACCAAUCAAGACGCCAUGCUUGUUUGGGAGAAUUUCAUCUCAAGAAGUGAUACAAUUUUUUGUGGGGUAUUUGAUGGUCAUGGUCCUUUUGGUCAUAUGGUUUCCAAGAAAGUUCGGGAUUCCCUUCCGCUUAUGCUGUGUACUCAGUGGAAAGAUGGUUCAAAUGAUGAGCAGAGCAGCCCUCAUAAGGCUAGAAACACUCCUGGAAGCACAAAUUCUGAGGAAACUGCAUCUGCGGCAAGCAUGGAUGAUGAGUCACAUAAUUCUUUGGAGUUUGAGCAAAAUGAAAAACUCCCGGAGAUGUAUCUACCGCUGAAAAAGUCUAUGCUGAAGGCAUUUAAGUUGAUGGAUAAGGAUCUAAAAUUGCAUCCAACAAUUGAUUGUUUCUGCAGCGGAACAACUGCUGUGACUUUGAUAAAGCAGGGCCAGGAUCUUGUAGUCGGAAAUCUUGGUGACUCCAGAGCAGUUCUGGCAACUAGAGAUGAAGACAAUUCUUUGCUUGCUAUACAAUUGACUGUGGACUUGAAACCUGAUCUGCCAAGGGAAACCGCCAGGAUCCAGCAAUGUAAAGGAAGAGUUUUUGCAUUGAAGGAUGAGCCAGAGGUUGCACGUGUAUGGUUGCCUAAUAAUGACUCUCCUGGUCUAGCAAUGGCUAGAGCUUUUGGGGACUUCUGUCUGAAGGAUUUUGGUUUAAUUUCUAUACCAGAUGUUUAUUAUCGUCAGCUUAACAAAAGAGAUGAAUUCAUCAUUCUUGCUACUGAUGGGGUUUGGGAUGUCCUUUCAAAUAAGGAAGCUGUUGACAUUGUGGCCUCAGCCCCUGGACGGGCUACAGCAGCCAGAGCACUUGUAGACUGUGCUGUCCGAGCAUGGAAGCUUAAGUAUCCUACUUCCAAGAAUGAUGAUUGUGCUGUUGUAUGCCUGUUUCUUGAUCAUUUAUCUGAAGCAAAUGGGGAAGUGGAAGAGUCGGAUGUGAAAAUGAUUCCAAAGGAAUCAUCAGAGUGUGUGUUAAAAACCAAUGAAAACAAUAGUGAACUGGAAAGGCAUGAAGAUUCUCAUGUGUAUGUUCUUAGUCAUUCGGAUACAAUACGGGGUUCUGAUGAGAUUGUACCCGUCUCUGAGUUGACAGAGGAGAAGCUUUCUUUGAAGAGCCAGAGUCGGUCAAAGAGGAGUCUGGCUGAGUGCAUUUCAACUGCACAGGAUGAGGAGUGGUCAGCCUUAGAAGGUAUUACAAGGGUUAAUAGCCUUCUAAGCCUUCCUAGGUUAUUUUCUGGUGACAGAAGAACAACCAGUUGGAGGAAGUGGUUAUGAAAUGUCCUAUGGCCUUUGGUCAUUUCCCUCACAACGAACAUAACAUAAUGAUUCUCCUUCUGCAAUCAAAUCUUUCUUUCUCAAGGAAGUAAACUGAUGAAAUUCAUUGGCCUUGAGGAUGUACCAAGAUGCUGGCUGGAAAUAGAACUUUAUACGUAUAUAUAUAAGCAUGCCAUUGCCAGCAUAUUUGAGGCUGGAAUUCCUGUUAGGUUAGGUGUAUAUCCCAGCUGAAUAGAUACAGGCCUCACAGUUUUCGUUGGUUAUAUUAUUCUCUAGAAUAUGGAUUGUGAAAUCAUGUUGUUUGUUGCCUAGAAAUCGAAUUCAUGUUUUUGAGUCCAUUUGUCCUUUUCUUUAUAAAAUUUUGCCUCAAAUAGCCUUAGGGAUCACUUGGACCAAA